GCCAUCACAAGGUACAGGACGGACUUACCACAUUACGAAAGUGGUUCGUACCUUUUUAACACCUGGACCAGCAGUGACCAUUUUCAGAUCUGAUUUCGCAUCUGAAUCUCCACCCGGCCCGGUCUGCAUAGCGAGCAAAUAAUCUGUGAGACAGACCAUCUUGGUCACAUCUUAACUUUCUUCGGCAGAAGAAAAUCUAUAAACAUUUUCAAAAUGGUGUUACGGAAAAGUGCUAGAAACUUUGAUAUAUGUGUAUGUGUGAUAGUGUUAGCAGCAUGUCUUCAAAUCUCAACAGCAAUGACCAUUCGGUUACAAGGGGGUCAAAGGUCGUCCCAAGGACGAGUGGAGGUUUUCCAUAACAAUACAUGGGGUACUGUAUGCGAUGACCAUUUCAACACCAAUGCCGCCAAGGUGGUGUGUCGAAUGCUCGGUCUAUAUAAUUCGGCUAACUACAUUCUUUCGCGGACGAAUGCCUUUUUUGGACAAGGAGCUGCGUCAAUGCCAAUCUGGUUGGACGAUGUAACGUGUACAGGAGCAGAGUCAACUCUAGACAAUUGUCACCUCAAACCCUGGGGACAACAGAAUUGUCGGCACGGAGAGGAUGUGGGUGUAGACUGCAAUGCUGCUCUUGAUGCUAACGUCCGGCUUCGGUUACGAGAUGGGACUAAUUCGAGAGAAGGUCGUUUAGAAGUCUUCCAUAACAAUACUUGGGGAACGGUUUGUGACGACGAAUUUGACGACCAUGCCGCUGCUGUGGUCUGUACCUCACUUGGCCUUUCAACUACAAACGCUAUACCUAUCGGCAAUGGAUUCUUUGGUAACGGCACUCUUCCGAUCAUGCUGGAUGACGUCAGAUGUACUGGGACUGAGCCAGGACUGGGUGCUUGCGACCACAAGGCCUGGGGAACAAGCAACUGUGGCCACAACGAGGAUGUCGGCGUGAUUUGUUACCAGGGGCCGCAACCAUCAUCAGCUAAUGUACACGUGCGCCUGCGCGGUGGAACGAGUCAGUACGAGGGCCGUGUGGAACUUCAGGUCUUCAAUCGCUGGGGCUCAAUCUGUGACGAUUCCUUUGAUGCUAGAGAGGCCAAUGUCACAUGCCGUAUGCUUGGUUUCCAAAAUGGCGGUUCAGUGUUGAGAGGGAGGACCUUUGGAGGAGGACGUGGACCUAUCUGGCUAGAUGACAUGGAAUGUCAGGGAACUGAAUCUAACCUAGUCAGUUGUGUACACAAACCAUAUGGAGUGAACAACUGCGAUCAUAGCGAGGACGUUGCCGUGGCAUGUACUCCGGCAAAUGUGCCACCAAUUCAAGCACGCUUGGCUGGAGGACCGAACAGUAACUCUGGGCGUUUGGAGAUCAACUACAAUGGUGUGUGGGGUACCGUGUGUGAUGAUUCGUGGAGCAAUGCUGAUGCUGCUGUAGCCUGCAGAAUGAUGCAUCUUCCAUACUCUGGAGCUACAGCAAUUUCAAAGGGUGGAUUUGGAGCUGGCACAGGAGGAAUUAUUCUUGACGACGUAAUAUGUGUUGGAACUGAAAGCUCUCUCUCUCGAUGUCAACAUUCUCCAUGGAAUCAAAAUAACUGCCAGCAUUCCGAGGACGCUGGCGUCAUCUGUCAAUCAGCAAAUGCCAAUACGCCUAUCCGAUUGGUUGGAGGGACUGGUAGUUUCGAGGGUCGCCUUGAAGUAUUUUACAACAAUACUUGGGGCACCGUCUGUGAUGAUUCAUUUGGUGUCCAUGAGGCGCAAGUGGUCUGCAAACAACUUCACUUUUCUGGAACGGGAGCUCAAGCCAAAGGCAACGCGUUCUUUGGUCAAGGUACAGGGCGCAUCUUCUUAGAUGAUAUGCAGUGUUCUGGCACAGAACGCAACCUAGCGCUGUGUGGACACAGAGGUUGGGGUCACAACAACUGUGACCACACCGAGGACGUAUCCGUCAUCUGUGCAUCCGGGAACCCCGCCCCGAAUACCACACUUCGCUUGGUUGGUGGAACUAAUGGCCAGGAGGGAAGGCUGGAGGUGUUCCACUCUGGUACAUGGGGCACAGUCUGUGACGAUUAUUUUGACAAUGUAGCUGCUGGUGUUGUUUGUAAAAUGUUGAAGCUACCGUGGCGGGGUGCACAGGCCCGACCAAACGGGUUCUUUGGAAGUGGUUCAGGACGCAUAUGGCUGGAUAACGUCGUGUGUCACGGAAACGAGACCAACUUGGCAUAUUGUCGCCAUCGCCCAUGGGGCAGUACCAACUGCGACCAUACAGAAGAUGUGGGCGUGGUUUGUGGCCAGUUACAAAGAGUGAGAGUCAGGCUGACUAAUGGUUCUUCAACCUCCCAGGGGCGACUCGAGGUAUUCCACAACAACACAUGGGGGACAGUAUGUGAUGAUUCUUUUGACAGCGCUGCAGCUAGCGUCGUCUGUCACAUGCUUGGCUUUAGACGAGAUCACGCUUUAGCAUUUUCUAAUGCCCACUUCGGACAAGGAACAGGACCCAUAUUGCUUGAUGAUAUCGGUUGCACAGGCAAGGAAAACAAUAUUCUCCAGUGUCGCAACAAAGGCUGGUACCAGAACAACUGUGGUCAUAAUGAGGAUGUAGGCGUUGUUUGUAACUCAGGACGACCACGUGUGCGUUUGGCAGAUGGCCGAAAUAGUAACCAAGGUCGAGUUGAAAUACAGAUAGGUGGUACAUGGGGAACUAUAUGUGACGACCAUUUUGAUGGAAAUGCUGCCAAGGUUGUGUGCAGAAUGUUACACAAGGCAUCAGCCAACGCUGUAGUAGUGUCGGCAGGUGGAUUUGGACUUGGAUCAGGGCCUAUUUAUCUUGACGAAGUCAAUUGUUAUGGAAAUGAGUCAGAUAUUCUAUCCUGUGACGCAAACCCAAUUGGAACCAAUGACUGCGACCAUUCCGAGGACGUAGGAGUGAUAUGUACUAACCGACAGCAGUCGAACGUACAGGUCCGGUUAACGGGAGGACCAAAUAGAAAUGAAGGAAGACUGCAGGUGAACUACAAUCACCAGUGGGGAUCAGUGUGUGACGACAGCUUCAACGACUCAGCUGCUGCAGUUGUCUGUAACAUGCUCCAUAUCAAUGUGGUUCAUGCCCGGGCGGUACCAGGAGUACGAUACAAUGUAUCUAACCCAGGCCCUAUCUGGAUGGACGAUGUCAAAUGUUCGGGAACAGAACCGUCGAUUACUGCUUGCCAGCGAAGCCCAUUCGGCACCAAUGACUGCGAACAUACCGAGGACGUAGGCGUUAUUUGUGAGACAGCCCAGUCUCUUCAGGCUCCAGUUCGUCUGGUAAACGGUUCAAAUGGUAACAAUGGACGUGUAGAGGUACAACACAACAAUAUCUGGGGUACAAUCUGUGACGACGGCUGGGGUGUCGCUGAAGCAACUGUCGUUUGUCGUCAGCUAGGAAAACCUACGUCGGUGGUAGUGCCUGUGUCAAAUGCAUACUAUGGGGCAGGAAGAGGACCUAUUCAGGUAGAUGAUAUUGACUGCAUCGGUAAUGAAUCGACAAUCGCAUAUUGCCAGAGGAAGCCGUGGGGUAUCAGUGAUUGUUCACAUCAAGAGGAUGCGGGAGUUAUGUGCCUAGCGAGAAAUCCCAGCUCAACUGUAUCGGUACGUCUGGUUGGGGGUCUGUCUCACAGCCAGGGACGAGUGCAGGUGAGGUACAAUGGCGCGUGGGGAUCCGUUUGUGACGAUUCAUGGGAUAACAGAGACGCCAUGGUCAUUUGUCGUAUGCUCGGAUAUAGCACCACUGGUGCGAGGGCACUUACUAACAUAGGGACAGGACGAGGCCCCAUUUGGAUGGACGAUGUGGAAUGCACUGGCUCCGAAAGAAACAUUCAGAACUGUACGUUUAAAGGUUGGGGAGAGAACAACUGUGACCACUCUGAGGAUGCAGGUGUUUUCUGUAAUGAUGGUCGAACUGUCAAUGUUCCUGUGAGGCUCGUCAACGGUCCAUCUGCCAUGGAGGGUCGAGUUGAAGUCCAGUACCACAACCAGUGGGGAACAGUUUGUGACGACUACUGGUCAAACGCUGACGCCCAGGUCGUGUGUAGAAUGCUUGGCUACUCGACAGAUGGAGCCCAGUCAUUCAAUCGGUCCAGAUAUGGUCAGGGCACUGGCCGAAUCUUAAUGGACGACGUUAAGUGUGUCGGUACAGAGAGAAACAUAGGACAAUGUCUGUUCCAAGGAUGGGCUAUCAACAACUGUGAUCAUUCCGAGGAUGCAGGUGUUCGUUGUCAGCCAGCUGGCACAGUGUCAACAAAUGUGCGUGUUAGACUUGUGAAUGGUUCCAACAGCAAUGAAGGUCGCGUGGAAGUGUUCUACAACAAUACAUGGGGAACUAUAUGUGAUGACUACUGGGGCGCAGUGGAUGCAAAAGUUAUAUGUCGCAUGCUGGGUAAACCAACUAUUGGAGCUGUUGCUAAGUCCAGAGCCUUUUAUGGUCAAGGAACUGGGCCUAUCCUAUUGGACAAUGUCAACUGUUACGGAAACGAGACCAGUAUUUCUCAGUGUGGGAAUCGAGGAUGGGGUAUAAACAACUGUCGCCAUACCGAGGACGCAGGUGUCGUCUGCGCGGGGCGCACUCAAGCGACACCCGUUCGUCUAGUCGGAGGAGUGAGUCGCUACGAGGGACGUCUGGAGGUAUACCAUUCAGGAACUUGGGGUACCGUAUGUGAUGAUUUGGCAAACUUCCACACUGCUACGGUCGUUUGUAACCAGUUGGGAUUCUUAGGUGGUAUCCCUACUGUGAGAGGUAAUGCAUUCUAUGGAGCAGGAACGGGACGGAUAUGGAUGGAUAAUUUAAGAUGUACAGGCACGGAGUCCUCCCUAGAUGCGUGUAACUUCAACCAGCCGUGGGGAACAAAUGAUUGUGAUCACAGUGAAGACCUUGGAAUCGUCUGCAGAACGGCAACAGUUCCUCUCAGACUUGUGGACCCAAGUGGAAAUCCAAAUCAGGGCCGAGUUGAGAUCCGAGUAAACAACACCUGGGGUACUGUUUGUGAUGAUCAGUUUAACUCUGUCACAGCCGGGAUCGUCUGUGCCAUGCAAGGAUACAGCAGGACGGGGGCUAUAGCGAAGAGUAAUGCGUUUUUCGGGUCCGGUAGUGGCCCCAUCCUUCUGGACGAUGUGCAUUGUGUCGGUGGCGAGAGUAACAUACUUCAAUGUGCUUCCAAACCAUUCGGUAACAACGACUGCACUCACGAUGAAGACGUUGGUGUUAUCUGUCAAGUUGAGGCAAUCCCAAUGCGUCUGGUAGGAGGACCUAACCGCAUGAGCGGACGCCUGGAAGUAUUACAUAAUGGCACAUGGGGAACUGUCUGCGACGAUUACUGGACAGGUACCAGCAAUGCUAAAGUCGUCUGUCGCAUGCUUGGUUACCCCACAGCUGGUGCGUUCUCACGCUCAAGAGCCUUCUUUGGAGCAGGAACAGGCCAAAUUUGGCUAGAUGAUCUUCGAUGUGGUGGUAACGAAAGCUCAAUUUCAAUGUGUCGUCAUCGUUCUUGGGGCUCAAACAACUGUCGUCAUACAGAGGAUGUCAGUGUUGUAUGUUCAGCAACGACUACCCCUAUGAUUACGACCCCUCAUGCGACUCGCCCUCCUCCAUCGACGCCCAAUCCCAGCCAGGUAUUCGUACGUCUCGUCAAUGGUAACUCUGCAAAUGUUGGUCGUGUUGAGGUGUUUGCCAAUAACGUAUGGGGCACUGUUUGUGAUGACCUCUGGAGCAAUAGUGACGCAGGUGUCAUAUGUCAGAUGCUUGGCUACAGCAGUGUUGGAGCUACGCCAAAGCCGCGUGCAACAUUUGGACAGGGAACAGGACAGAUAUGGUUGGACAAUGUCAAUUGUUCUGGUGCUGAAUCCUCCAUCACAGCGUGUCGCUCCAACGGCUGGGGUGCUCAUAAUUGUGGUCACCAGGAGGACGCUGGCGUGGUCUGUCCUACAGGCCAAAUUCCAAACAACUUCCUGCUCGUGACGGACACCACCAAGAGACAAGUAUACCGUAUGGACAUCAACAGUCAGAGCUAUGUUACUAUUCCACUCAGUAACCAUGACAAUCCCAUCGCAAUCGACUAUAACCCAACCACUUACCGAAUCCUCUGGACUGACGUUGGAUCCAAACAAAUUCGUAUGGCAGGACUCAACGGCUACUCAGAGAAGACUAUCAGGCAGCUUUCUCAAAAGGCAGUCAUGGACGGCAUUGCUGUGGAUGUGGUAUCAGGAUUGGUGUUCUAUACCGACACCGGAAAUGAUGUAAUUAUCGUCAUGACAAUAGCUGGGACCGUGCAGAAAACAAUCAUCAGCCAAAACAUGGACCAGCCACGAGCUAUCGUAGCAGACCCCCAAAAUGGUGUGAUAUACUGGACGGACUGGGGUGCCAGGCCUCGCAUAGAGCGAGCUAACUACGACGGGACUGGAAGAACUGCCAUUGUCAGUUCGGGACUCAAAUGGCCAAAUGCAUUAGCAGUAGAUGUACAAGGCAACAAGAUAUACUGGGCUGAUGGCGGACUUAACAAGAUAGAGUCGGCUAAUCUUGACGGGAGCCAGCGCACUGUACUCCUUGACGAAAGCACCAGCCGUCCGAUAGCACAUUACUUUGGUUUGGCUUUACUCAGUGGUCAGCUUUAUUUCACUGACUGGUCUCGUAGCUCAAUAAUGACCAUGGGCAGCGACGGAUCAAAUCCCAAACCUUUUGGACCGUCAGCAUUUGGACGACUCAAUGAUAUCCAUGCACAUAAAAACGGAGUUGGAUUUCAAGGCCCCAAUGGAUGUUCCACAGGGAAAGGCGGUUGCAGUCAUUUGUGUUUGCCUAAGGGCGCAAAUAACCAUAUUUGUGCCUGUCCAGACGGUCUAACACUCCAGCCAAAUGGACUUAGCUGUGGUCAUGCUGUGCCCUGUUCGAGCCUACAGGCUCCGAUGAAUGGACAAAUUACUCCUGCCAACUGUACGAGUGGCCAAGCAGGAGGAGGGGCUGUCUGCAAAGUGUCCUGUAAUGCAGGAUAUUUCCUAUAUGGCCAAGCCAGCGUUACCUGUUUGUCCAAUGGACAGUGGAGCAACUAUGGACAGAACUUCAUAUGCCGAGACAACCAGCCGCCGACAGUCACUUGUCCAUCAAACAUGCAAAUAAGCGCUGACAAGGGAGCACAAACGGCCACCGUAACCUGGUCCAAGCCAACCGCCACCGAUAAUUCUGGAGCCAACGUCGUCGUAUUUCAAAGCAUGCAAUCCCCUUCCACCCUCGGCGCAGGCACCUACACAGUAAACGUGAUGGCAUAUGAUCCAUCUGGGCAAUCUGCUUCGUGUAGCUUUACUAUCAAGGUCUCAGUGUUGACCUGUCCACCCUUGAAUCCCCCUACCAAUGCCGUCAUCGCCACACCUUCCUGUGCCUCAUACUACGGGGCAUCCUGUCAGAUCAGCUGUCAAUCAGGUUACCAGCUGAAGGGCAACUCAUACGUGUCAUGUGACAAAACCGGAAACGGAAACCCAGCUUGGACCCUUACAGGAAGAUCUUGCGUUCCGUUGACGUGCCCUAAACCUCUUUUACCUGGAAACGGUAAGAUCUCUGCAUGCACUGCGCCAUACACAGUAGGGUCCUUGUGUGUACAGUCCUGUAACAAGGGAUUCUCGGCCAUAGGUGGCACCACCAACCUCCAAUGUCAGUCUAAUGGUGUAUGGGCUGGUCAGACGCUCACCUGCUCUAACGGUGCCGGUGGUUCCGGAUCUUCGGCUGCCUUCCGCUCUGGAUCUUCCUCUUCUUCAUCAUCCUCUCUUUCCGAAAGCAGUAUAUCAGGAAUCAUAGCAGGCUGCGUUGUAGGAGUCUUACUCGUUGCCUUACUAAUUGCCGCCGUGUUCCUUUACAACAAACGAAUGCAACAUAAUUUGAUUGCUGGCACAGGCGGAGCACGAAGUUAUGAGUUGGGAGGAAUGAGCAACCCUAAUUACAGCAGUACGUCCCAGUGAAACUGACCAUGAGAAAUAUGAGUUCGAGAUUAGUGCGGUCUAGAUAGUAAAUCAACGAUACACAUAGUAUUUAUAUUGAUAUUCUACUUUUGGUUUAAUAUAACCUGCAUGGAUUCUUGACAACUUUCUAGGAAGUCCAUUGUAUGUAUGUGACAAAUAUGUGUUGAAAACAUAGUUGAUAAAACCUUUUUUCAUCAAAUUUAUUAAGCAUAAUUAAUGUUGUCCGCGCUGGUUCUCUUUGUGAGGCAUGUAAGUGCGAGACUGUGAAUUAGAUAAACAGGAUUGGUUUGCAGCACAGAAUUUAGUUUACAAUUGUUCAAAAUUCUACAUUAUAUAGCAAGAAGGAAGUGGACGUUAAUCAUUUUCAGUGCCCAAUAGAAAGUUAGAUUAUGAAUGAUUCAUAAGACACAGGUAUAGUAUUCACAAUGAACAACGCCAUAUUGAUUUGGUCAACAUUAGACUGGAUUAUUUAUUAUGCUUUUAUUUUUCAUUUCAUUAUGUUUAUGGCUUUACGAGGUUACUAAUGAAGUUAAAUUUUGUGAGGAUUUGCAAUAUGAACAGCUAUACAAAGUGGUUUAUUUGUAUUAUGUCAACAGAAGGUUGAUUGAAGCUUGAGAGUUGAUCGACGUUUGUACCUACUAAGUCCUCAUGCAUCCUCAUAAAUCAACGUUACCGAUAACAACAUCAGGAUUAUUUAUGGAUUAAGGUGUCUCAGCGAGUAAUUUCGGGAUUCGAAAUUUGCAUAAACUUAUGAGAGCUUUUGUAAUUUAAAGUAUGAAUGAUUUGUAAAAUUGCCGUAUGGGAAAAAUUCUUAAAUCUGCAAUUUUUAUCAAUUAGCUUGAUAUAAUUAUAAAAUGUACGGAUGAAUUCCUACUUAUAUCAGGUAUGCUGCUUAGAUGAGUGAGUAAGCGGUACAUAGUCUUCAGUAAUGUAUCUAGGUGACUUUUGUACUUAGUAAGGGUUAAUUGUAUACGUUUUUUUACCUUCAUGUGUUAUGUGUGCCUGUUUUACUAUGACAUAUAACAUACCCCUGUCACCGGGGACAGACGAGCACGCCGCCUACUGUGGUGGAACGUAACACGAGGAGUCAAAGCCAUUAACAAACACCCUGGGAAUUCAGACAACCAAUUUGCUACUACAAAUAAUAAAUCGCAAGUCAUCCGUUCAUUCCAUUUCAUAAAAGUGUAAAAGAUAUCCGUUUUAUUUUGGUUGAAUCACACCUUUUCACGUAGUGGAAAUAUUAAAUAUUUAUGUAAUACUUGAAGAAAAAGAUGACAAAUACUACACGAAGAAGAUACGUGAUAUGUUGUCAGCACAUUUGGGGUGAUACCAAAAGUAAAGGUUUUAGCCCUAACACCUAAUUUAAUGUGUAUGCUGUAUAACAGAACAUGUCACCAGUUCGUGUAUGUUUCAGGUCGAAGCAGAAUGUAAUUCAUCACGCAUUAAAGUGUGCAUUUCAUGUGGGCGACCGCAUAGUUGUCGCUAUUCUCCCAAAGCAAUGCGCCUCAAUGCAAUUUCGUUUGGGCUGAAAUUUAUAGAACCACGUUAAUACUAAGUUGUAUUUGCUAUAUAUAAAUUUAGUUUUCAAUUACUAUAUAGUUCAUGUAUAUAUAUAUAUAUAUAUAUAUAUAUAUAUAAUACAUUAUAUCACUCUCUCGUUCAUAGUUCCCGGUAAAAAAACACAUCCUAAAUAUAAAAAUAUAACUUACUGUGUUUAGGACAUAGUUUUCAAGCCCUUUGUAUAAUAAACCCAUUCGUAUGCAAGCGAUAAAGGUUUCAAUUAUUAUCCUGAAAAUUAUCUAUACAUUCCCAUUUUUCAUUUCAACUUUCGAACAAUUCAUGUUUUUCCAUGUGAUAAGUGUUUUCGUUUGUUUCUUCUGAGUGAUGAAUGGAAAUGAGAGAUUUACAAAUGGUCGAUAUUGACAGGAUGACAGAGGAGUAGCGACGGAUUGUAACCCGAUUCAGAAUGUCAUGCGUCAUAUAAUUUUUGUUCAUUACAAAUACCUGUUUCGUCAUGUGGAAGUGUAGUCCGGUAUAUUUGAUUAACAUGGUUGUUGAUUUUAAUGAAACUGUUGAUUUGCAAUGCCUUUGAUUUAUAAAAAUACACGUGUAAAUCCUGGUAUGAUACUCAUUUAUCAACUAGAAAUACUCCAUGUUGAAACAAAUUACUUUUUCAAUAAAAAUGAAAUAUAAUUUGAA